AUGCGAGUGGCCCUCGAAGUUAAAAACAAAUGGGGAAUUAUCGACGGAAGCGUCCCUGUGCCGGAGAGAACUCAUAGUCAGUACAAUGCUUGGAGAAGAUGCAAUUUGAUUGCAUCUUCGUGGAUCCUGAGAUCUGUCCACACAUCUAUCGCACAGAGCGUGAUGUAUAUGGACUCAGCCAAGGAGAUCUGGAAUGAUCUACAGAGGAGGUUCUCCCAACGAGAUCCGCAUCAGAUUUCAUCUUUGCAGAGCGAGAUUUACGAUCUGAAACAGGGAAGCUUGUCCGUCAACGACUACUAUACUAAAUGUCGCACGCUUUGGGAGGAGAUGAAUGCUCUCAAGCCACUCCCAAUCUGCAAAUGUACGCCGCAUUGUUCAUGCAACCUGGUGGACGAGAUCAGAAAAGACCGAGAGGUUGAUCAGGUUAUAAGAUUCUUGCAAGGAUUAAAUGAGGAUUACAACUCUCUGAAGUCUGGAGUUCUUGUCCUCGAUCCGCUUCCUGAGGUACACAAGGUGUUGGUGAUGGCUGAGAAGUUUGAAAGACAGCUCAACAUCACCAAUUUGAACAAUCUUGGUGUCGAGUUCACCCAGGCGAAUGCUGUCCAAACUGAACAGAAUCAUGCCAGUGAUCUAACCGCUGCUGCUGUCAAUUUUUCUAAUGGAAAGAGGCAUGUUAGCUCAGAAAGAGGGACCAAGAUCAUAGCUAAGUGCACCUUUUGCGGGAUGAAUGGACACACCGUCGAGAAGUGUUAUAAAAAACACGGUUACCCUCCCGAUUGGAUACCGGGAUAUAUGUAA